AGCCGUAGAGAUAUACAUACAUACCAAUAUACGUUGAUAUUCUUACCAUAAUUACGGAUUUCGAUUCGGAACCCUAAAUCUAGAAUUUAGUGGGAUUCUACACUUAUAAAAUCUGUUACCUUUUUGCUCUGUGUGUGUGUGUAAAUAUUUUUGUACACAAUGGGUGCGGUGACGUCAUCAAUGGCAGCAAAGUUUGCGUUUUUUCCGCCAAAUCCACCGUCAUAUCGUGUGGUGGUGGAAGAAACGACGGGGAAAUUGAAGUUGAGUGACGUGGCAGGGAAGGAAAACGUGGACGUCUUGAAGUUACCGACGAAGAAAGGAACGGAGAUUGUGGCGGUGUAUAUUAGGAAUCCGGCGGCGAUUUUGACGGUGCUGUACUCCCAUGGGAACGCAGCUGAUCUAGGGCAGAUGUAUGACUUGUUUACUGAACUCAGUCAACAUCUUCGGGUCAAUUUAAUGGGAUAUGACUAUUCAGGGUAUGGGCGGUCCACAGGCAAGCCUAGUGAGCAGAACACUUAUGCCGACAUAGAAGCUGCAUAUAGAUGUCUUGAAGAGACAUAUGGGGUGAAAGAGGAAGAUGUCAUACUAUAUGGACAAUCAGUUGGUAGUGGACCCACACUGGAUCUGGCAUCACGAUUGUCAAGAUUGAGGGCAGUGGUUCUUCACAGCCCAAUACUCUCUGGACUUCGUGUCAUGUAUCCAGUGAAGCGUACAUAUUGGUUUGACAUAUAUAAGAAUAUUGACAAAAUACCAUUGGUUGGAUGUCCUGUCCUAGUUAUUCAUGGCACUGCAGAUGAUGUAGUUGAUUGCUCCCAUGGCAAACAGCUUUUUGAGCUAUCUAAGCAGAAAUAUGAGCCAUUGUGGAUUAAAGCUGGUAAUCAUUGUGAUUUGGAGCUCUUCCCGGAGUAUAUAAAACAUCUGAAGAAGUUCAUAUCAGCUAUUGAGAAAUCAAUUUUUUCAUCUGCACUUCUCAUGAGCCAACUAGAUAACCCUCGAAGCAGCACAGAUUGUAGACCCCGGUCAAGCACAGAUCACAGGGAGAAAUCUAGGCAAAGCACAGACAAUAGAGAGCCUAGAACAAGCACAGAUCGAAGAGAUAAAUCCAGAGCUAGCAUCGACCGCAAGGAAAAAUCAAGCAAGAGUAUGGAUCUCUCAGAGAAGACGAAUAAUAAUAUAGAACAACCAGAGAAAGCUAGAAACAGCAUUGAUCGCUUUGGCGAAUUGAUGAAAUCUGCUGUAUUGUGCAAUAUUGAUUGCUUCAAGCCUGUCAGAGCAAAGGGCUGAAUGUCUGAUGAAGAUACCUGUUUUAUACCAUGCAACGAUGCUGGAAUUUCUACCAAGAAUGUGCAUGCUCCCGAGCUCAACUGAACAUUCCAAUGCAAACACUGGUUGUAGAUACCACGGCGAACCAAAAUGAUCUUAGCAUGAUAGUUAUCACAGGGGAUCCUACAAUUAGAUGAAUUGGGUUAAUAACCAGGUAAAAAUGAUUGGGUUUCUCCAGUCAGGUUAGGUGGUUUUAUGACCCAUUACAAAUGUUCUUUUAAUUAUAUGACCCAUUUCAUAGAUCUAUAUGUUAUGACGUAGCAGGUCGAUGAUGAAAAAAGACAUGAAAUCUUUGUAUGGUCAUAUUCUUCUAUUUAAAUCAUAAUAACCAGUUAUUUUAUACCA